UAGACAGUAAAAGAAAUGGACACAGCGACCCCAUUGGAACUCAAUUGAGACAAGUGAAGCCCAUUUUUAGUGUUUUUAAGCACUUCCGUUUCUGACGCGCAGACUCAAACUAAGCUUGAUGACGUCAGCAACCUGUCUGACAGAUGUAAAUCUUCUAGUAGCUGUGCGUGAAAACUGCCAUCGUUAAUCUUGCAGAGACGGCGAGCUUGAGCGGGGAGUUCUUUGGCGUGAGUGAGCAGGAGCCCGGUGCACCCAGGACGCGAUCUUCCCAGAUGUCCUUCACUCCGACGCCGGGACACCACGGACCCUGGGUGCAUCCACAGCGGAGGACGCGAGCCGGGCCCUGGGCAACGACUUCUCCCCCUCCUGCCUUCGAGAUCUCCAUCCGGAACCGCUUCGCUCCCCUCCGCGAGACAGGACACGACGCUGUGAUCAUCCGAGACUCCAUCGUCCGACACGUCCAUGCUACGUUAGCCGAAGGUAAAGUGCACACUCAUUGUUUCCCUGGUGCUCGUGUUCUCGAUGUUUCUGCGCAGAUACCCGCGAUCCUGAAGGCCGACGAGAGCCCCAGAUCGGUCGUGCUCCACGCCGGGGUUAACGACACCACGCUGCGGCAGACGGAGACGCUGAAGAGGGACUUCAGCAGCCUGAUCGAGACGGUUCGCAGCACGACGCCCGCGGCGACGAUCGUCGUGUCAGGACCACUGCCCACGUAUCGACGAGGACAUGAAAGGUUCAGUAGACUUUUUGCUUUAAAUGAAUGGUUGUUGUCAUGGUGUAAAGAACAGAAACUGCUAUUUGUUAAUAACUGGAAUCUUUUCUGGGAGCGUCCUAGGUUGUUUUGUGCUGAUGGCUUACACCCCAGUAGAGUCAGAGCGGAGCUGCUUUCUGACAACAUCUCCAGGACACUUCGCUCCAUGUGACUAGAUUUACACAAGCUCCAGUCUGGAUCCAGAACACCUGAGAAGAGAUGAUGCUGAUCCUCAGAGGACCUCAGAUGAUGCUAACCCUGAAUCAACAAACAGAACUAACAAAUAUUGCUACAUGUGUGACUACAUCAUAUAAUAAUUAUUAAUUAAUAUGAAUAAUGUUCAUCGUCUAGCUGACUACGUCUUGUAUUAAUUUUUUCUAAAAAUCCUGUCAAACGUGCACAAACUGACAGCCACCACCAUAAGCUACUACUAAAUAUUGUAGAAACAUAAUUUUCUGUAAAGUUGCUUUGUAACGAUUUGUAUUGUAAAAAGCGCUAUACAAAUAAACUUGAAUUGAAUUG